AUGUUCAGCAGUUUUGAGGAAGUCACAAGAGUUGGGGUCCAAGAGGUGGAUCCUGGAGGGAAUGUGAUUGCUGUCGGAAGCAUCCUUGACGCUGACAGAUUUCACUGCUCUUCUCUGGUGAGGGGGAGGAGAAAUUUCUGGGGAUAUCAGUACCACAGGAUAGACCUCACCCAAGAGGAGAGAGGGGAGGUGCAGCAGCUGACCUGGAAGCCAGGCCCUUAUGGAGGUGCCUUGUCAGUCUGGGCAGAGUCCAUACAGAUGGGCGACUUUCCAGAAUUGCUUGACUUUAUACCUACACGGAGAACUCCAAAGGCUGAGUUCCAAGUUCUGGACAUGGUAGACUCAAAGGGAAUGUUGACAGUGAAAUUACCCAAAGAAAUAACAAUUGUAGGGGCCUUCCUAGUCAAGAUACUGGAGACCCAGAUACCCCAACAAUAUCUGGAUUCCCUUGAGCACAGGGAGGCUGGACUGCUUAACCGCCUGAGCCACCCAGGCACCCCAGGGGUAAGUAGAGCUCUUAAUUGCUGUCUCUACAGGGAAGUCCUUGAGUUUAGAGGAUUUCAGAAAUGUGAAGGAGAAGGACAUGGUGAGGGGCCUCUAGGAUCUGACUGAGAAGGAAUAAAAAGAUGUGCUAAGCUGCCUCAGAGGGCAAUUGCCACUCUACUAGAGUGGGACUGGUGUCAUCUCGCCCAUUUCCUGCCCCUAGGCUUUGGAGGUCCUGAUCUCUGGU